AUGUCAUUUAGACCAGGUUCAAGAGGCGGUCGUGGUGGUUCUAGAGGUGGUUCCAGAGGCGGUUUUAGAGGCGGUCGUGGUGGUUCUAGAGGUGGUGCUAGAGGCGGUUUUAGAGGUGGUGCUAGAGGUGGUGCCAGAGGUGGUUCCAGAGGUGGUGCCAGGGGUGGUGCUAGAGGUGGUUCCAGAGGCGGACGUGGUGGUGCUAGAGGUGGUGCUAAAGGUGGUGCUAAAGUUGUGAUUGAACCACACAAACAUGCAGGUGUUUACAUUGCUCGUGGUAAAGAAGAUUUGUUGGUUACCAAGAAUAUGGCACCAGGUGAUAGUGUUUACGGUGAAAAAAGAAUUACUGUUGAAGAACCAAGCAAAGAAGAAGGUCAACCUGCCACAAAGGUUGAAUACCGUGUUUGGAAUCCUUUUAGAUCUAAAUUGGCUGCUGGUAUUAUGGGUGGUUUAGACGAAAUUUUCAUGGGACCAGGUAAGAAGGUUUUAUAUUUAGGUGCUGCCAGUGGUACUUCUGUUUCCCAUGUUAGCGAUAUUGUUGGACCAGAAGGUUUGGUAUAUGCCGUUGAAUUUUCUCAUAGACCGGGUAGAGAAUUGAUUUCCAUGGCUAAGAAGAGACCAAAUAUUAUUCCUAUUAUCGAAGAUGCCAGACACCCACAAAAAUACAGGAUGUUGGUUGGUAUGGUUGAUUGUGUAUUUGCUGAUGUCGCCCAACCAGAUCAAGCUCGUAUUAUUGCUUUAAACGCUCACAUGUUUUUAAAAGACCAAGGUGGUGUUGUUAUAUCUAUUAAGGCUAACUGUAUCGAUUCCACUGUAGAUGCAGAAACUGUUUUUGCUAGAGAAGUUCAAAAAUUAAGAGAGGAAAAAAUUAAACCAUUAGAACAAUUGACUUUGGAGCCAUAUGAAAGAGAUCAUUGUAUUGUCGUUGGUAAAUACAUGAGGGGUGGAUUGUAA